AUGGCCGGGUCACGCGACCUCCAAGAGGCUCUCGAUGCGGAUAAUGACCUUGCCCUGAAGCUCGACUCGAGCUGCUCUAUUGACACUGCUCGUCACGCUCCGGCUGAGCCAAGCAUGCACCGACCGUGCCGCAGAUUCGCAGACCCGAGCCUGGCUCUGACGGCGGGGAAGAUCUAUCGCCCGCUAUCACAUACCGGCCCACUCACUCAGACGUCACGUGGCCCAUUGCAUGCAGGAGCAAUGUGGAAGGGUACCCAACGUUCCGGCAGAGCAUGUUAUGACGUCCAGAUCACAUUUCUGGACACCGAGCUGGAGAGAGGCUACGCUGCGGGUCUGCUCAAGAUCAAAGGUCUCACGCCUGCUCUGGCCGAACUGACGACAUUCUUCGAGGCCGAGAUCAUUGGCACGACGCAUGGCUUCAUCACUGGCAAGUGGAGUGCAUCGGAAGCUGAAGACCUGAAACACUGGUCUCGCUUUCCUGCUUUCCGCACUCAUCUCGCAAGAUCGAAGAACGCUGCCAAGCCAGAGCUCACCUACUCUUCCUUCGACCGCCCGCAGCUGUUCAUGCGUUUCAAGGAGCGCUUUCCCGUCAGCGAAUGCGAGACAAAGUACGAUGACCACGAUCUCUCUGGCGCCUCUUUUGAGGGCUUCUACUACGUCUGCAUGGACUUGAGCAGACCCAUAGUGGCGCCAGCCUUAUCUCGAUCGAUGAGCAAUACCUCUGCGCCUCGAUCGCCGCCUACAAGGCCGGGCCCUCUGGAUGUGCGCGCACUCGACGUGCAGCCUCGUGCAGACGCUGAAACACUGGCUCGAUCGGCGCCCGCUCAUAUCAGUCCCAUCGCGCACACCAUGGCGAGCUCGGUUCGAGCGAACAGUCAAACGAGACCGACCGUGCGGCGCAGGCGAUCUUCGGUCACGACGGAUUCAUAUGCUGCUGUUGUGCGGGGCUUGGUCUCGCCCAGUAUCGCCAAUGUCGAGCUCGAAGAAGAGGAGGUCGUACCGGAGUGCGAGCAAGAUCGCAAAGCAGACGAGUCGUGUUCUUCGCCUGCUCAGUUGCGCACGCAAGCCAGUGAGCCACCAGCGACCGGUCUCGGCCUUACCGGUGUGUCUUCACCUCAAGAAAUCCCACCUUCUCCUCGUAGCCGGCGAACCAGUCAGCCUCGUACGCUCAGCGCAGAUAGAGCCCGUCCGCUUUCGUUCGGUCCGAUCAGUCCUUCGCCUCUGACAGGUUACGAAGGCAUAUGGUCUCAUGCCAGAAUGACGGGUUUCUACCAUCACUCGAGUAGCGAACCUUACCAGGAACUCGAUCUUCGCUAUUGCGGCGAUCGAGCGAUGCAAGAAGAGCAAGAGAAGCAGAUGGUGCUCGCAACGCCCAUGAGAGCGUGUAAUCGAAUGGGCAGCUCUGCUUUCCAAGUACUUUGA